AUGAAAGAGACUCAGGGUCUGCAGCCAGAACGAGCCACAGGGAGGGAGUCAGAUGUGCCCGGAGCACCACCACAGUCAAAGGAAGAGGCCACAAAUCCACGAGCCAUAGACUUCAGCCCCAAAGUACACGAUCUUGAAAGAGGGCGCGGACAGGCGGGGCGGGGCAGCCGAUCGGGGCGGGGCUGCGCGCCUCAAAGUCCGACCCUCAGAGCCGCAGUUCCCGCGCCCGGCGCGCCGGAGCUCGGGCAGUGUCACCAGGGCUCCCCGUGGGCCCCGGCUCUGCAGCGCUCCGUGCUCUGCCGGGCGCCCGCUUCGCACGGGCUGUGCAAGGCAGCACGGGAGCCGCCGGGGCUGGGGAUGCAGCGGCGCGACGAACGCCGCUGCUCCUUCUCCCUGGGGACCCUGGUGCCAGUGACGGCGGUGUGCCUGGGCCUGUUCGCCGUCGGGGUGAGUGGCAACGUGGUGACCGUGCUGCUGAUAGGGCGCUACCGGGACAUGCGGACCACCACCAACCUGUACCUGGGCAGCAUGGCCGUUUCCGACCUGCUCAUCCUGCUCGGCCUCCCCUUUGACCUGUACCGCCUCUGGCGGUCGCGGCCCUGGGUCUUCCGGCCUCUGCUCUGCCGCCUCUCGCUCUACGUGUGCGAGGGCUGCACCUACGCCACGCUGCUGCACGUGACAGCGCUCACCGUCGAGCGCUACCUCGCCAUCUGCCGCCCGCUCCGUGCCCGCGUCCUGGUCACCCAGCGCCGCGUCCGCGCGCUCAUCGCCGCUCUCUGGGCCGUGGCGCUGCUCUCAGCGGGGCCCUGUUCCUUAUUUCUCAUGGGCGUCGAGCAGGAGGACCCCGACAUCUGCGCGGUCCGGAACCUUAAUGGCACCGCACAGGUCACUCCCUCGUCACCCGCCUCGCCGCCAGGGCCCUCGCGGGCGCCACCGUCCCCACCGUCGGGGCCCGGGGCAGCGGCGGCCGCAGCGCUGUUCAGCCGCGAGUGCCGGCCGAGUCCGGCGCGGCUGGGCGCGCUACGCGUCAUGCUGUGGGUCACCACAGCCUAUUUCUUCCUGCCCUUCCUGUGCCUCAGCGUCCUCUACGGGCUAGUGGGGCGAAAGCUGUGGAGGAACCCGGGGCCGCUGCGAGGCCCGGCCGCCUCCGGGCGGGAGGAGGGCCAUCGGCAGACCGUCCGCGUCCUGCUGGUGGUGGUUCUGGCAUUUGUAGUUUGCUGGUUGCCUUUCCAUGUUGGCAGAAUCAUUUAUGUCAACACAGAAGAUACCCAAAUGAUGUACGUCUCUCAAUACUUCAACAUAGUUGCUCUGCAACUUUUGAGCGCAUCCAUCAACCCAAUCCUCUACAACCUCAUUUCAAAGAAGUAUAGAGCAGCGGCCUAUAAACUGCUGCUUUCCAGAUAGUCCAGACACAGAGGUUUCUGCGGAAGCAGGGACAGUGGAGGGGACACUGGGGGGGGGGGGACACUGGGAGACACACCUGGCUGCACAGAGUCCAGUGCUAACAUAAAGACAACAGCAUAA